AAGUCUCUGCCACAAGCAAAAGGGAAGACAAUGUCAGCAUAGCCCUUAUCUGGCUUCCAUUCCAUUCUGAUCUUACCCUGGGACACAGCAAGGUCCGGGCUCAGGCCCCAGUCUAUGUCUUCUAGUUCCUGGCUUGUGUUGCUGUACGCAGCAUAAUUGGCUCAGUUCUCAUGCGCUCAGCAUGGGCAAUAUAUGUGUCACCAGGCCUUCCUAAAGGCAAUCUGACCUGAUACAAAACCUGAGACAAAAUAAAUUUACAGAGCUAGAAUAAAUGACAAAAUUCUUUUGGAAGAACAAUAGAUCAAGAAUUUCAAGGGAAUUAAUGAAAAAAAAAAUGCAAAGGAAGCUGGCCUCACUGUGCUAGACUUAAAACUAGUCUAAAGUAUAUUAGUAUGUUAGCAUACUAAAACUAGUAUAAAGCAGUGGUUAUCAAAACCAGUUGGGACUGGCUCAGAAAUAAGAGUCAUUGAUCAGUGGAGUAGAUUCACAAGACACAAUGACUAGUGCUUGAUAAGCCCAAAGACUCCAGCUUCCACCACAGGAACUCACUAUUUGACAAAAAUUGCUGGGAAAAUUGCAGAAAAUCGUAUGGCCUAUUUAGAAUACCUGUAGGACACACAGAUGGCUAAAUUGAACAGGAGUUAAAGUAUAAAUUUUUUUAAAAUUUUAUUUAAUAAUAACUUUAUAUUGACAGAAUCCAUGCCAGGGUAAUUUUUUACAGCAUUAUCCCUUGCACUCGUUUCUGUUCCGAUUUUUCCCCUCCUUCCCUCCACCGCCUCCCCUAGAUGGCAAGCAGUCCUAUAUAUGUUAGAUAUGUUGCAGUAUAUCCUAGAUACAAUAUAUGUUGGCAGAACCAAACAGUUCUUAAAGUAUAAAUUAAAUACAAUAUAAGUAUACAUGGCCAAACAGUUAUUUUGCUGUACAAGAAGAAUCAGACUUUGAAAUAGUGUACAAUUAGCCUGUGAAGGAAAUCAAAAAAUGCAGGCAGACAUUCCCUAGAAUGAAACUAGACAUUAACCAACACUCAUUAUCCUAUACUAAGAUAAGUUUGAAAUGGGGUCAUGAUUUAGACAUAAAGGGUAAAAUUAAGGGCAAAUUAGGAGAACAAUGGAUAGUUCACCUCUCAUAUUUGUGGAAAAGGAAGGAAUUUAUGGCCAAAGAAGAAUUAGAGAGUUUUGUACAAAGAAAAUCAUACAGAUUAGAAAGGAAGCAGACAACUGAGAAAAAAAAAAUUUACCUACACCUUUUCUGAUAAAGACCUCAUUUCUAAAAUACAUAGAGAAUUGUCCCAAAUUUAUGAUAAUAUAAACAAUUUCCCAACUGAUAAAUGAUCAAAGAGUAUGAACAAGUUUCAGAGAAAGAAAUUAAAGCCAUUUCUAGUCAUAUGCAAAAAUUAUCCAAAUUACAUUGAUUAGAGAAAUGCAAAUUAAGAUAAAUCUGAGGAAACACUCUGAGACUAAGAUGACAGGAAAAGAUAAUGAUAAAUAUUGGAGGGAAAGUAGGAAAACUGGGACACUAAUACAUUGAUGGUGGAGUUAUGAACUGAUCCAGUUAUUCAGGGGAACAAUUUGGAACUAUGCCCAAAGGGUUUUAAAUUGUGCAUACCCUUUGAUCCAGCAGUGUCUCUGCUGGGUCUGCAUCCCAAAGAAAUUAUAGAAAUGAGAAAAGAAACCAUAUGUGCAACCAUUUUUGUAGUGGCAAGGACCUGGAAAAUGACUGGCUGAAUAAAUUGUGGCAUAUUAAUGUUCUAUACAAUCUAUUGAACAGACUGAUUUCAGAAAAGCCUGUAAAGACUUGCAUGGAUUGAUGAUAAGUGAGGUGAUUAUUACCAAGAGAACAUUGUACACAGCAGCAAGACUAUGACAUGAUCAACUGAAGACUUGGCUUUUUCAAUAGUGAGGUGAUUCAAGGCAGUUCUAGUGGAUUUGUGAUGGAGGGACCCAUCUGCAUCCAGAGAAAAGGCUAUGGAAAUUGGAUAUGGAUUAAAACAUAGUAUUUUCAACUAUUUUGUGGUUAUUUGCUUGGGGGAUUUUUUCUCUCAUUUUUUCACCCUUUUGAUCAGGUUUUUCUUACAAAGUGUGAUAAAGGUGGAAAUAUGUUUGGAAGAAUUGUACAUUUUUAACCUAUAUUUGAUUACUUGUUGUCAGGGUAGGAAGAAGGUGCAGAGGGAGGGAAAAAAAUUUGGAACAGGAGGUUUUGCAGAAGUAAUUGUUAAAAAAGUAUCAUUGCAAUGCCCAACAAUUGGAGAAUGGCUAAAUAAAUUGUGGUAUAUGAAUAUUAUGGAAUGUUAUUAUUCGGUAAGAAAUGACCAACAGGAUGAUUUCAGAAAGGCCUGGAGAGACUUACAUAAACUGAUGUUGAGUGAAAUGAGCAGGACCAGGAGAUCAUUAUAUACUUCAAUAACAAUACUAUAUGAUGAUCAAUUCUGAUGGACGUGGCUAUCCUCAGCAAUGAGAUGAACCAAAUCAGUUCCAAUAGAGCAGUAAUGAAUUGAACCAGCUAUACCCAGCGAAAGAAUUCUGGGAGAUAGAUGACUAUAAACCACUACAUAGAAUUCCAAAUUCCUAUAUUUUUGUCCACCUGCAUUUUUUGAUUUCCUUCACAGGCUAAUUGUACACUAUUUCAAAGUCUGAUUCUUUUUGUACAGCAAAAUAACUGUUUGGCCAUGUAUACUUAUAUUGUAUUUAAUUUAUAUUUUAACAUAUUUAACAUGUAUUGGUCAACCUGCCAUUUGGGAGAAGGGGUGGGGAGAAGGAGGGGAAAAAUUGGAACAAAAGGUUUGGCAAUUGUCAAUGCUAUAAAAUUACCCAUACAUAUAACUUGUAAAUAAAAAGAUAUAAUUUUUUUUUAAAAAGUAUCAUUGCACACAUUUUCAAAAAAAAAAAAAGUACUGAAAACUAAAAAGGAAAUAAAAUUUUAAAAAACAAACUAUUUCAUUUUUUGGUUACAUUUUGAGUUCUAUGUGUCUCCCUCUCUUCCUCCCAACCUUCCUUUACUACAUGGCUUUUGAAGUUUCUUUCUUCUCUCACACUAAGAUCCUAUGGUUUUUCAGAAUUUAUUGACAUUUCAAGAUGUUGCUGUGGAAUUCACCCAAGAGGAAUGGAGCUAUUUGGAUCCUGGUCAGAAGGACAUGUACAGGGACGUGAUGCUGGAGAACUAUGAGAACUUUGUCUCCCUUGGGCUUCCAGUAACUAAACCAACUGUGAUUUCUCAGCUGGAGAGACAUGAAGCCCCCUGGAUAUUAAGGGAAGAAGACCCUAGAUUCAUUUCUGAGGAUUCCCCUGUUGAGAAAAGAGAAUGUGAAACCAAGGAGUCAACUCCAAAACAAUAUAUUGCCAACAGAGAGACAUCCAGAGAGAAAAUCAUAAAGGAUAAUUUCUGCAAAUCUAAAUUGGGAGAUACUUGGAAUCAUGACACUGGAUUAGAAAGGCAGAUAAACAACCCAGAAAAACAGCCCAUUAAGCUAAUUGUUAAGCAUAGCAAAACUUCAUGUAGCAGAAUUUCCAUACUGAAGAACCUUUGUAAAUUUAAUAAAUACAAGAAGCUUUUCAGUUAUCACUCAAAACAGAAUCAUUACCAUAGAGUUUGUUUUCAAGAAGAACCUCAUAGAAUUGAUGAAUGUGACAAAACCUUCCACAUCAAUUCAUGCCUUAAUGUACAUGGAGGAAUUCACCAUGGAGUGAAAUCUCAUAAAUUUGGUGAAUGUGAUAAAGCUUCCAACUACAAUUCAUACCUUGCUGUUCCACAGAAAAAUCUUCAGGAAGAAAAGCCUAUUGAACAAUGUAAUAAUGACAGCAAAACUUUUAGCCAGAGUGGAUAUCUGUCUCAACAUAAGAGAAUUUCUAUUGGAGAGAAAUCCUAUAAAUGUAAUGAAUGUGGGAAAACUUUCAGCCUUAAGGGAACCUUUAAUAGACACAAGAAAAUUCAUGCUGGAGUGAAACAUUGUAAAUGUAAAGAAUGUAGAAAAGCUUAUAGGGACAAGGCAUCCUUUAAUAGACAUGAGCAAAUUCAUACUGGAAAGAAACCCUAUAAAUGUAAUGAAUGUGGAGAAGCCUUCAGGUUGAAAAGAUGCCUUGUUGUACAUGGAGCAACUCAUAGUGGGGUGAAUCCCCAUGAAUGUAAUGAAUGCGGAAAAGCCUUCACUCGGAAGGAUCACCUUAAUAGGCACAAAAAAAUUCAUACUGGAGAUAAACCAUAUAUAUGUACAGAAUGUGGGAAAGCCUUCAUGUUUAUAAGAAGCCUUGAUAUACAUAUGGUAAUUCAUACUGGACAGAAGCCCUAUAAAUGUAAUGCAUGUGAAAAAGCCUUCAAAUUUAAUGGAACCCCGAAUAUACAUAAAAUAAUUCAUAUUGGAUUGAAACCUUGUAAAUGUAAAGAAUGUGGAAAAGCUUGUAGGGACAAAGCAUCCUUUAAUAGACAUGAGCAAAUCCAUACUGGAAAGAAACCCUACAAAUGUAAUGAAUGUGGAAAAACUUAUUGGGACAAGGCAUCCUUUAAUAUACAUGAACGAAUUCAUACUGGAGAGAGACCCUAUAAAUGUAAUGAAUGUGGAAAAGCCUUCAGGUUGAAAAGAGGCCUUGCUAUACAUGGAGCAACUCACACUGGACAGAAGCCCUAUGAAUGUAAUGCAUGUGGAAAAGCUUUCUUUCGGAAGGAUCACCUUAAUAAUCAUAAGAAAAUUCAUACUGGAGAGAAACCAUAUAUAUGUAAACAAUGUGGAAAAGCCUUCACGUUUAAGGGAAGCCUUGAUAUACAUGAGGUAAUUCAUACUGGACAAAAGCCCUAUAAAUGUAAUGCAUGUGGAAAAGCUUUCAAACUUAAGGGAACCCUUAAUAUACAUAAGAAAAUUCAUACUGGAGUGAAACCCUAUAAAUGUAAUGAAUGUGACAAAGCCUUCAGGUCUAAAAAAGGACUUGAGGUACAUGAGGCAAGUCAUACUGGGGAGAAGCCCUAUAAAUGUAAUGAAUGUGGAAAAGCCUUCACUCGGAAGGAUCACCUCAAGAGGCAUAAGAAAAUUCAUACUGGAGAGAAACCUUAUGUAUGUAAUGAAUGUGGAAAAGUCUUUAGGCGUAAAGAAGGCUUGGAUGUACAUGAGUUAGUUCAUACUGGUCAGAAGCCUUAUAAAUGUAAUGAAUGUGGAAAAGCCUACAGGCAGAAGGGAGGCCUUAAUACACAUAAGAGAAUUCAUACUGGAGAGAAACCCUUUAAAUGUAAUGAAUGUGGAAAAGCCUAUCGGCAGAAGGCAGACCUUAAUUCACAUAAGAGAAUUCAUACUGGAGAGAAACCCUUUAAAUGUAAUGAAUGUGGAAAAGCCUAUCGGCAGAAGGCAGGCCUUAAUUCACAUAAGAGAAUUCAUACUGGAGAGAAACCCUUUAAAUGUAAUGAAUGUGGAAAAGCCUAUUGGCAGAAAGCAGGCCUUAAUUCACAUAAGAGAAUUCAUACUGGAGAGAAACCCUUUAAAUGUAAUGGAUGUGGAAAAGUCUACCUGCAGAAUGCAGGUCUUAAUUCACAUAAGAGAAUUCAUACUGCAGAGAAACCCUUUAAAUGUAAUGAAUGUAGAAAAGUCUCCCUGUAUAAUGCAGAUCUUAAUUCACAUAAGAGAAUUCAUACUGGAGAGAAACCCUUUAAAUGUAAUGAAUAUGGAAAAACCUUCAUGGAGAAAAGUCAUUUUAAUUCACAUAAGAAAAGUCAUAACUGACAUGAAGUUCUAUAUAUGUAAAGAAUGUGGAAAACUCUUCAAACCUAAAGAACACCUUACUUUACAUAAAAGAUUUCAUAUUGGAGAGAAAUUAAAUUUAAAUACAAGAAUUGUGGAAAAGCUUUUAAGUGUAUAGAAACUUUUAAAAUUAAAAGAAAUUCAUACUGGAGGGAAAUCCUUUGAAUGUUCUGAUGUUGAAGCAGACUAUGGCUGAAAUCCAAACUUUGCAUAAUAAGAAAAUGAAAAAUAGAGAAAACUUCUUGUACAGCUCAAACCUUAAGAAAUAUCAGACAAUUCAUCCUGGUGAGAAAUCUAAAUGUAAAGAAUGUGAGAAAGUUUUCAAGGAACAAAAACAAUUUAUUUUACAUAAAAUAUUCACUAGCUCAAGCUGAUAUAGUACUUUAGGCCUUCAUACUGAUUGAGCAGUUGGGUUGGGGCAACAAUCUUAUGUAUCUAGGCAAUAUGGAGGAGUUAAGGGACAAAAUCCAAGGAGGAGUAGAUUGAGAUAUUGACACUUCUGGACAAAAGUUGUUUAAAGAUAACUAGACAGUCUCAGAAGUUGAACACAGUAUGGGUUACAAAGUCAAGUAAACUCCAGCUUCACAUCAUUCUAUGCAAAUAAGAAAAAUUCUGCUUGCUUCAUUAUCCUUAUAAUGGGGACCAAAUGAACUGUUUUAAAGUCCACAUCAUAAAUACUAACCAUUAUUAUUAUCUCAGUUUUUCUAAUUAAAUGUAAUGGUAAUUUUUAAUCUGCUCCCUCCCCCACCAUCUUCAUUGAGUCUUCAUAGAUUUUAUCCCAAAUCUAUUAGAAUUCUCUUGAAUCAAUGCAUUGCUGAACAGACUUAAGUCUAUCUUAGUUGAUCUCUGCACAAUGUUGCUGUUACAGUUUCUGCUUCUGCUCAUUUUACUGAGCUUCACUUCAUGCAGGUCUUUGCAGUUUUUCUGACUUCUGUUUACUUAUUUUUUAUACAACAAUUGUAAUCCAUAUCAUUCGUAUAUAACAAUUUACUCAGCCUUUCCCCAAUUGAUGGCUAGCCUCUCAGCUUCUAUUUUUUUUUAUCAAUACAAAUAACUACUCUAAAUUUUUUUAUACACAUUAUCCUUUUUCCCUUUUUAAUAAUCUCUUUGGGAUCUAGAAUUAGUACUGGUAUUGGUGAAGGGAUAUGCAUAGUUUAAUUGCCCUUCCAGUAAUUUCAAAUUACCUUCUAUAGUGGUUGAAUCAAUUGAUUUGAAAAUUGCCUGUUAUAUCUUUGACUAUUUGUCAGUUGUAUAACCCAAUUCUUUGUAUAUUUGAGAAACUGAGCCUUACCAAUUGUUUCCCAUUUUUCCCCUUCUAAUCUUGGUUGUAUUGUUCUGUUUGUGCUAAACCUGUUUAAUUCAGUAUAAUCAAAAUUUUCCAUUUUAUAUCUCAUAGUGCUCUCUAGCACUUGUUUACUGAAAAAUUUUUCAUUUUUUUAUAAUUCUGGAAGAUCAACUUUUCCUUGUUCUCUUGAUUUUCUCAUGUUAUCUAACCUUUGUACCUAAAUCAUGUACCCAUUUUGAUCUUAUCUUGGUAUGCAAUGUAAGAUUUUUGUCUUUAUGUACCUUGUACCAUGUUGUUUUCCAGUUUUCCCAGAUAUUGUUGUCAAAUAGUGAGUUCUUAUCCCAAAGGCAGGGGUUUUGGAGUUCAUCAAACUCUAGGGUAUUAAGGUCAUUUACUACUUGAGUCUUUUGUUCCUAAUCUAUUCUGCUGAUCCGCCAAUGUAUUUCUUAACCAGUACUGGAUCUAAUACUAAAAAUGAUAGUUUUGUCUUUUCAUUGCUUAUUCUGAGUCCAUCAAUUUCUUCUCUUAUUUGCUAGAGGUAACAUUUCCAGUACAAUAAUGUGAUAAUGUGCUAGGGUAUGGGACCCUGCCAAGAAGGAGUACAGAGAUCACCUCGACCUUUAGUGCAGAAUAAGUUUUUUGCCAUGUUGUAGAAACUUGCCCUUGCUGAGCAAGGAGCAGUGAUUUGUGACCACGGAAGCAGGAUCAGGCUGAGGAUCACAGUGCAGUUGCUCCUCUCCCCUGUGAGCAAGUUGCUAGAUUGCUGGAUCUGCUCUCCUCCCACUGGUAGAUGCUAUCAUAUGCAGAGACCAUGAGCUGCUUCUCUGAAUGGUGAUUGGGGUUUGCCUACUGUUCACUCACUGAUCACGCUGCAAAAAUGUGUAUCAGCAAGGCUCUACAGCAUAAUAAACUGGAGCUCUUUUCACACUGUGAGUCUCUUGCCUCAUUCCUCUCUCCUCUGAGAUCAAAGGGCUCAUAUACUUUGAGUGCUUAAGAUGGCUGCAACAAUAAUGGGCCUCCUUGCUUCACCUCUGAUCUGACUGGGAAGGCUUCUAAUUUAGUCCCAUAACAAUAAUGUUAUCUGGUUGUUUUAGAUAGAUAAUAAUUAUCAUUUUAAGGAAAACUCCAUUUAUUUCUCUCUUUAUUUAAUAGGAAUGGAUAUUGUAUUUUGUCAUAGAGAUGAUCAUAGUAUUUCUGUUGGUUUUAUUAUUGAAAGGACCACUUGUGCUGCUAAGUUUCCUAAUCUUGAAGCAACUGUAUUACUGGUAUAAAUUCCAUCUCAUUUUAGCGUAUUAUUCUGGUAAUAAAUUGCUAUAACCGCAUUUCUAAUGUUUUGUUUAAAAUUUUUGCUUCAACAAACUAGGAAAACAUCUUCACAGUUAAAGGUUCUGAUAAAGGCCUCAUUUCUAAAAUAUAUAGAAAACUGACUCAAAUUUAUAAGAAAUCAAGCCAUUCUCCAAUUGAUAAAUGGUCAAAGGAUAUGAACAGACAAUUUUCAGAGGAUGAAAUUGAAACUAUUACCACUCAUAUGAAAGAGUGUUCCAAAUCAUUAUUGAUCAGAGAAAUGCAAAUUAAGACAACUCUGAGAUACCACUACACACCUGUCAGAUUGGCUAAGAUGACAGGAAAAAAUAAUGAUGAAUGUUGGAGGGGAUGCGGGAAAAUUGGGACACUGACGCAUUGUUGGUGGAAUUGUGAAUGAAUCCAACCAUUCUGGAGAGCAAUCUGGAAUUAUGCCCCAAAAAUUAUCAAAUUGUGCAUACCCUUUGAUCCAGCAGUGUUUCUAUUGGGCUUAUAUCCCAAAGAAAUACUAAAGAAGGGAAAGGGACCUGUAUGUGCCAAAAUGUUUGUAGCAGCCCUAUUUGUAGUGGCUAGAAACUAGAAAAUGAAUGGAUGCCCAUCAAUUGGGGAAUGGCUGGGCAAAUUGUGGUAUAUGAAUGUUAUGGAAUAUUAUUGUUCUGUAAGAAAUGACCAGCAGGAUGAAUACAGAGAGGACUGGCGAGACUUACAUGAACUGAUGCUAAGUGAAAUGAGCAGAACCAGGAGAUCAUUAUACACUUCGACAACGAUAUUGUAUGAGGACAUAUUUUGAUGGAAGUGGAUUUCUUUGACAAAGAGACCUAACUAAGUUUCAAUUGAUAAAUGACGGACAAAAGCAGCUACACCCAAAGAACGAACACUGGGAAACGAAUGUGAACUAUCUGCAUUUUUGUUUUUCUUCCCAGGUUAUUUAUACCUUCUGAAACCAAUUCUCCCUAUGCAACAAGAGAACUGUUCGGUUCUGCAAACAUAUAUUGUAUCUAGGAUAUGCUGCAACAUAUCCAACAUAUAAAGGACUGCUUGCCAUCUAGGGGAGGGGGUGGAGGGAGGGAGGGAAAAAAAAAUCGGAAAAGAAACGAGUGCAAGGGAUAAUGUUGUCAAUAUAAAGUAAUCAUUAAAUAAAAAUUAAAAAAAAAUAAAAAUAAAAUAAAAUAAAAUUUUUGCUUCAGA